UAUCAUCAUGCCAAAGCCUCUAUUCGCACACUAUGCCGUCUACUUCGAUGACCUUGACGCAGCCAAGAAGUUCUAUGAUCCCAUCGUCAAACAGCUUGGUCUCAAGUUAACACAUGAUUAUGGUGAGCAUGGAUACUAUGGAUACAGUCGUCCUGAAGGUUUUCCUGCCGAGUUUGGCAUCGCCAAAGGCAAAGCUGGUAUGAACCACUUUGCUUUUGCUGUAGAUAGUGAAGAGGAAGUCAAAAAGUUUUACGAAACUGCUAUUGCUGCUGGUGGAAAGGACAAUGGUGCUCCUGGGCUCAGAACUCAAUACGGUCCCAAUUACUACGCAGCUUUCGUGUAUGAUCCUGAGGGCAACAACGUUGAAGCCGUCUAUUCACCAUGAUUAGUUAAGUAGUUCAACAGAAGACGCAGGUUGAUACUUGAAGAAUGAAGUUCUUGUUAGUUUACUGGUAUAUGAGAGUGGUGUCAUAGUAGUUCAGGGUUCUUAUUCCAGUUGACUCAAUAAAAAGGAGAAGUGGUUGUAAAGAUCAAAUUGAAAGACA